AUGCCCUCGUUGCACCAUGCCCACGAGGCGCAACAGGCAGAGAGGGCGCCCGCUCGUCCGCUGCCGGCACAGCGCUCGCCUGUCCAUGCGCGACCGCCACCAGACUACAACCGCCCGCUCCCACCGCCGCCGAACUACACUGUAGACAACUACGACGUUCCCACGCUCCGCAGGAAGCCAGUCCCUUCCGAAACGCCAUCACCACAAGCCCAUACCCGCUCCUUCAGUCACCCAUUUCCAUCACUUUUCGGCUGGGGCAAGGGCGACAAGAGAUCAAGAGGAGACAGCAAAGAUCAGAGCACAGACGAGCAGGCAACUCCGCGUAAUGGAGCAGUCGUCAAAGAGCAGCCAGUGGCAGCAUCGGCGAGUGGCAAGCAGGAGCCCAUUACCGGAAAGUGCAUGACAUGUGACGCCACCGUACGCUGGCCUCAGGGCCUCAAGGUCUUCCGCUGUACCACAUGCCUGACGAUCAAUGACUUGGAGCCCUACAUCGAACCUGGCUCGACUUCCAGUGGUCCUCCAAUCCGGCGGUCGCUGCCUAUAUCAAUUGCCCGGACGCGAAGCCUGCUUGACGGGUGUCUUGACCACUACUUCGAACGCAGACUUCGCGGUGGAGGCGUGUCUCGCAGCAAACCGACAGCUGCGGCAGAUCAGACCGUGGUCGAUCAUGCCACCGUCCCACAAGAGGUCGACGGCAAUGGCCUUUUCACCGCCUUCUUCAACGAUGAUGAAUCUCCACCCUCCACCCCACGACCGCUGCUGAAGAUCCGCAGCACUUCUGACCCUGCCAUGACGCCUAUAAGGCCACGCCGAAGAUGA